CACGCCCCUUUGACGGAGUCGGGCCACCCUCGCCAAACGGGAGCGGGAUCCGCAGCUGCGUGUGCGCCCCGAGCCGCUGCCCCGGCCCCGGCCCGCGAGCGGCAUGGACCUGGCCGCGCUGCUGCCCUGGUGGUGCUGCCUCUGCGGGGGCGCGCUGGGCACCGGCUUCCUCUACCCCUUCCCCGCCUCCGCGCUGCCGCACGGCUACCCCGAGCAGAGCCCCGGCUCCCCGGGCAGCGGCUUCGCCUCCCGCCGGCAUUGGUGUCACUACACUGUUACACGGACUGUUUCCUGUCAAGUGCAGAAUGGGUCAGAAACUGUGAUCCAGAGAGUUUAUCAGAGCUGCCGGUGGCCAGGACCUUGUGCCAACUUAGUGAGUUACAGGACCCUUAUCAGGCCCACAUACAAAAUGUCCUACCGAACUGUGACUGCCCUGGAGUGGAGAUGCUGUCCUGGGUUCACAGGGAGUAACUGCGAAGAGGAAUGUAUGAACUGCACAAGACUUGCUGACAUGACUGAAAGACUAAACACUCUGGAAGCCAAGAUUCUUCUGCUUGAGGCUGCAGAGAGAACCCCAGCUCUGGAGAAUGACCUGCCAAUCCCUAGGCCAACAGGCAGAUGGUAUGAUGGUUUGCUACCAGAUGCCAUUCCCCUGCUAAACCCUGGGACUGUGUUAAGGAAGACAGUGGGAUCAGCUGAACCCAGAGGAGACCAAGGUGUUGAGGAGCAGCUGAUACCACAGGGGGCACCUGGACAGAUUGGGCCUCCAGGUCCAAUUGGACCAGCUGGGCUUCCAGGACCACCAGGACCAAAGGGAGAAAGGGGACUGCCUGGUGAGAAGGGGCCCGCAGGACCACCAGGGCUCCUGGGGCCUCAAGGGCCUAGAGGACUUCCUGGAGAAAUAGGUAUUCCAGGGCCACCAGGACCACCGGGGCCACCUGUCACCCCAGGCCUUCCCCUCACCUUUCAGCAAGGGGUUCUCUACUCACUGCAGCCCACAGCUGAAAAAGAAAAUGGAGAACCCCAGCUGGCUUCCACCAUCAUAGACACCAUUAUGGCUGGCUUGCCAGGGCCACGUGGAGCUCCAGGUCCUGUGGGGCCACCAGGACCCCCAGGAGCAUCGGGACCCAAAGGGCCACCAGGACCUAUUGGAGUGCCAGGGGCACAAGGGGUGCCAGGCCCUCCUGGACAGCCUGGGCCUAAAGGUUCCAAAGGAGACAGAGGAGAGAGAGGACAAGCAGGUCUGACUGGAGAGAGGGGCAUUAAGGGAUUUCCUGGCGAACCAGGAAAGAAAGGUGAAGAAGGAGACAAAGGAGCUGAUGGAGAAGGAGUUCAACAACUUCGAGAAGCCCUGAAGAUUUUAGCUGAAAGGGUGUUAAUUCUAGAGCACAUGAUAGGAAUUCAUGACUCUCUAUCUUCCGUUGAACCAGGCUCUGGACAGGAUGUGAUGUCAGGCUCCCCUCUACGAGCAAGCAUCAAGAUCAAACGUGGUGGACCCCAGCAGCGGCACCAGCCCUACCAAGUCCUCUCUUCACUGCUGGAUGACAGUGAAGCCAAAAGGAAAAGCAACAGAAUGAAAUAAAUGUGUGUUAGUAAUUUUUACAGCCCAUUUGCCCAUUAAAGAUACAGUAUCCUCAUGCUUAACUGCAACAUGCAGAAUGAAGUGGUUAGGAAGCUGCAGAGCUGGCAGUAGCAUUUCCUUGACUGGAUAUUGCUAAGCCAUUACUGCAAGGGCAUGUCUUCUGUCUCGCUCAAAGUGUCACAUGAAGAAUAAUUAUGUUUUUGCAUCUGAAAUACCAGAUGCCACAUGUUCCUAGAAACUAUCCCAGGAAGUGGAUAUCCCCAGGUUUGUUCAAAAAGGCACAGAUCCUCCUCUUUUGCCUUCCUUCUCACAUGUUAUUUGGUUAAAAUGCUGCUUAGACCUCAUUCACUCCUACCCUAGCUCAAAGCAAAGCCCUAUGCACUAUGAUAUAAUAGUUUUUGGCAUGUGGUCAUUUUGAACCAUGGUUGUUUUCUUGCUGAUUUCCAGCUGAGGGUACCACAUUCAGUAGCUCUGCUAAAGCAUUGUUACCUAUCUUGCAAGGAUUUCUUUUUUUAAAGAGUAGAACAAAAAAUUAAUAAUGAAUCACUUGACAAAUUUUUCACUGUUUCUGUUUGUGAAACAUCAUAACAGAUUGUGGCUUUUCUCAAAUGUACAUAUUUGUUGUUCAAAGUCUUCCACAAAUUAUUCUACUUUAUUCUUAGCCUUUGAUUGAAAUUCAAAAUCUAGGAUUUGAGCUGUGUUGAGUUGUGACUGUUUUAUGAUUGGAAGAGCGUACGUACUCUUACCACGUUUCUGGUGUGACUAAUUAUGGAAUACUACAUUUAUUUUCUCUGCAUAUUUAGGCAUGCGGUCAAAAUUCUUUUUGUAAACAUUUGUAGCAGUAAGGCCAUCGAACAGAAGUUUUCAUACCUAGUUUGUGUUUGCAUCACUCAAACGGCCAAAAAAAAUUCAUUCAAUGCUAGAAACAAAUAUUCACAGAAAAUGUUUUGCCCCAUUUAAUACCAUAAAGAGGAAUUCACAGAAGUUUAGGGCUGGAAGGGACCUUGUCAGAUCUUGGGGUCCAGCCCCCCUGCUCUAGGAAUUGUUUGGAUACAAUUUUAUUUAGCAUUUAUCAUAAGUGCAUUUAUCCAUUGAUUGUCACCUAGCAUCAUAUAAGGCAGUGGUUCUCAACUGAUGUGAACUGAGUAGCACCCAAUUUCAAAAACAAUGUAUAUAUGAUUGUGCUUCCCUCCUUACACAGGGACUGGGCAGUAGGAUGGUUCAGACGGGGCAAGCCCAUCUCCUCACGUCGCACUCACCCUUCCAAGAAUCUGGCUGGACGCCAGUUGAGAAUCACUGGUUAUAUGAAUUAGACUCUUGCCAAUGGUUUAUCUUGUAAUUGUGCAGUGGAAAGCUGUCAUACCACCUUUUUCAAAAGUACUUAGUAGGGAAAUCCAGUUUGAUUGGAAAUGUUUUGUCUUCUCUCAGGUGAUGAAUAUGUUGCAUCUGCUGUCUAAACACAUAAGUCAGGUCAGUGUCAUUCACGUAGAUAACAAUAGAUUUGUUUUUUAAACAGUGUUCAGUCACCAGUCCAGGGCAAUAGCAAAUAUAGUCCUUUGAUUAAUGGUUUCUGUCGGCAAAGUCAUUCAUUCCCUAAUACAAUAUAUAUCCAUGUGAUAAGAACCGCCUUUAACAUUACAAUCAGUUGCUGCCUUUGUUGACACCCUCACCAGAGAGGCCAACUACUCAACAGACAGUGCAGACUUAAGUACACUCUUCCGACAAACGAUGGUGCCUCCAAGGUCAGAAUAGAGGCAUGCAGAGCAUUAGAAAUUCGGGCUGUCACUGGACGUAUUUCUCGGAUAAAAUAAGGUGCUCAGUCUUUAGUGCCUUCAGUUUGACAUUACUGGGGCACUACAUUAACUUUGUGUGGAUGUUUAUGUUGUAUUUCUUUGUAACGCGAUCUCGAAACAUCCAGAUCAGGUUUAUGAACACCACUGAAUUGCUAGAAACAAAAGGUGAGAUCUCAACCUGGAGUAAUUAGAAUUAUAGCGGAGGUUCAUUUGGCCUUAUUAAAACAGGUGCAGUUGGAAGUCAGUAGCAUUUAUUUAUAAUAAACUAGUAUUGUCAUGAACUGAGAAGGUGCUCCUUGAAGAGAAAUUGCUGAGUGCUGUACAAUUAAGCGGUGGAGAUGGACAAGAAUUAAGUAGUACUGAAGGCUGUAAUCCAAUGUGCUUCCUUAACCCAAGGAAGCACUGAUUAGUAAUUGUGAAUAAUACCUGGGGUUCGUUUAAUAGUCAAGAUGUGUAGUUGGAUCCUCACUCAAGGUUUUUGUUGCACAAGCCAAGUGCAGCAAAUUUCUGAGGAUGGAAAAUAAAAUAUGCUCAUGUGCCAUCUUUUAUUCCCUCUUUCCAUGCAAAACCUUGAGAGCUUAACACUGUUUUAAACCUGAAUGCAUCAUUUUUCCAAAAGGAAAUAUUUCACAGUCUUUAGUACAUCUUUUCAUACUGCAUUCUGGACAAGUUCUCUUCUUGUGAUGUCUGCAGGAGCCCAAACCAGGGAGCAAAAAACCCAGUCUAGAGAGAGUGAAACUCUUUGGCCUUGCCUAUUAAGUCAUUGACACAGGAAAGGUCAUACCCUACUUAAUUCUUCCAGGACAGUAAAAUCGUUCUCAAAAUAGAUCUCAUUUGCAAGUCCCAAGGUGACUCCAACAAGUGUGCGUGCAAAAUACUCGCUGAGAUCAAAAUCUUGUAGAAAAAAAAUGGCAGCCAGCUCUCAUUUGAAAUAUAAAAUACUAGUAAAAACAGCUUAUCUGGCUCCAGAUGGCAGACAAACAAGUCCAGUAAACCAGCUAUAACAUUAUCCACAAUUCACUGUCUUGGGUGGCAUGAAAUUAUUUAAAGGGAAUGUAUAGCAUGAAGUCUUGUUGAUGGGCAGCUACUUUUAGCACCCCAAUUCCAUAUUUGCAUUAAACAUUUUUCUUGGAUCAGUAUCUCUUCCCCCUUACAAACAAAAUGUUCACUCUAUUUUUAGAGGUCGAGCAGUGGUUAAACAUUUACAAGGGUAUCUUGUUGCAUCUUUUAUUGAGCAGAGAAUCUUAGUCCUGAUGGUCCUUUAUGCCUGGCACUGAGCAUUGGAAAAUUGGGUCCUGAAAGACCAUUUUGAUCAAAACAUUUAUGAUGAUCCUGCUGGUGUGAGCCGCAGUUCAUCUUAUAAAGAAAGAGUUUUCCCAAUAAAGAACUUCAGAGGCAAAAUAAAAACUACUGCCUGAUCUUUAAAAACGGAAAUAUCAAAAUUCUGUUCCAAUGAUCACGCAGCUUUUGGAUUUAAUUUAGGGAAGGUAGAGAAAUGCAAUGAGGUGGAUUAUUAGCAUUCUCUGGGAUUCUAGAGUCUCUCAAGUGAAUUGAAAGGGAUAAUUUUCUUUCUACAAAUUAGUCUUCAUGAAGUAAAAAAAAAAUAGUGUAUUAGGUUGAUGAGUGGUCUCUCUAGUUUAUUUGCAUUUGACUAGGAUUUUGGAUUUUAAUUAAAACAAAUUAGUGGCAAGACAAAAGAAAAUUUAAUUGAAAUUGUUUGCAGUUAAUCCUACCAGAUUGAUUGUCAAAAGGCUGUUUCAGGUUCAAAUUGCAACAUCAUUUUAAUUACCAAACUUGUGCAAUUUCUAUAAAAAAAGCCAUGUAAUUUUCUGCUCCCAACACUUCUUGUUUUAGUUAGAUACCGAUAGCUAUCAGCGUGGUACUGUAUCUUUAAUCUGGGAAGCAAUCAGCUCAUAUUUUGUGAGCGUUGUUUUUGUACUGGGGUUUAAUUCCUUUUUAACUGGUCAAUAAUUAUACAAUAUUGUUGUGCAGUCUCAGUUUAAAUAAGUGUUAUAAAGGUGAACAUAACCUGAUGUUUUAAUGAAUGAUAUUCAUGAUUAAACAAACCACUCCGAUCCCAUUUUGUUAUCUUAGGCAGGAUACUAAGAUUCAUUUUAGCUUGGGCAUAUGCAUUUUGCCAUCUCUUCAUAACUUAUGGGGAUGGAAUUUAUUUCAGAUGCGUGCUCAUUUAGAAGUGUAUUUUAAUUGAAAUGUUAGUGCUUUAUCUUAUGUGCAUACUGUGCAAUACCAUAGUGUGUUCUUUUCCUUUGUUAAGACUUCUUUGGAACUUACUUAACGUAUUUCUUUGAACUCCAAUGCUUUUCAGCUUGGAUUGAUUCUGGUGAUAGAAAAGCAUUUCCGUUGCCUUGAGCUAACCAGAAGCAGUGGCUGCAUAUUGCCCAUUUGCACCCUGAUUUUCACCAGCCAGCUGUACCUUCUUAGGAAACAGAGAAUGCUUCAGUCCAGAGCAUCCAAAAGGCACUUAUUGUGAAGACUUGACACAAAUGCAGGAAAAUUACAAUUAGCUAGAAAGAAGGGCCAUUUCUGCCCCUUUGCAGAUAAAAUGCAAGAGCAAUUUACCAUUGACCUUAAUGGGAGCAGGAGCAGGCCUUGAAGUCAGGCCCAGAUCCUUAGACGAUAAAAAUCAGCAAAACUCCAGUGAGGUCACUAGAUUUAUGACAAUUUGCACAAGUGAAAGACCUGGAUCAGAGACUCAUUCCCACUCUUUAGAAUUAAUUAGGUUACUGUAGAAACUUACCUGCUACCGUGGCUGCAGAAAGACAAACAAUCAGCUCUGGAAUUAUUUCUCAAUGCACAAAGGUUCUUCUUGACUUAUUGGAAAUUCCUCCUUUCCACAGUUAUAAUCUCACUAUUAUUUAAAGUGACAUUUCAUUCUGCUGUCUUAAUAGUUUGGGUGGGUGGGGUCAAACACCUUAUGGUUUAUGCUAUUGCUACCCAAGCAAAUCAGGAAGGUGCUAUACAUGUACACACAUUCGAAGCCAUAGAAAAAAUAGCUACCUUUUUUCCCCUCUAGUUAUUUUACACAGUAUUUUUUAUUUAUAUCUGUGUGUUUUGUAUGUGUGCAAGUGGUCCUGGCUUUUCUCAUUGUAAUAAGCUCUAAAAUCUUUGUUUUUUUAGAGGGCAGCAUUACACAAUAUCUUGUGAUCAUGUAUAAUUGUUAAGAAAGCAAUAGUAAAUCUCUUCCGACCUGAUGAACUCAUUUAUGGCAGGCAUUAAGGUUUAUCAUCAAACCUCACUAAUGGAGGGAAAAAAAAACCAACCUGUUCACCCCACAGCUUGCAUGGUACUUCUCUGUUUUCAUAAUUGCUAUGUUAUUGUUCAUGGUAUCUAGUUCUCUCUUUGCUAUGGGUUUUGUUACUGUAUAUGGAAUGUUUUGUAUUCAGCAUUUUUUUUACAGAGCCAAGUGGGAGCAAUAUUCAAGAGCCCACAAAUACCAAAGACCUUUCAUGUAAUGCACUGAGAAAUAAAGACAUACUGUAAGUAAA